GGAGCGAAACAACAAGCUUCACGGCAACAAUGAUAAUGAUAAUGAUAGUCAAACAUCCUAAAGUAUUGGAGAAAUUAGUUAAAGAAAUCGAUGAAGCUUUAGUAGGAAUUAGCAGUGACGAAGUUCCAACUCACGACAAAAUAAAACAUUUACCUUAUUUAAAUGGGGUUAUUAAUGAAGGGCUUAGGCUUUUCCCUACUAGUAGAGGACCAGGUAAAGAGGCUUCAGAAGAUUUGGUUCUCGGUGGAUAUUUCAUUCCAAAAGGGACAAUAGUGGUAUCAAACACAUUAGAGCUUCAUAUAUCAAAAGAAUAUUGGGGAGAAAAUGCUAAAGAAUUUGUGCCAGAACGAUGGUUGGAACCUGAAAAAUUAACAUCUGACUGCUUUAUUCCGUUUUCAGCUG